AAUGGCCGAAGCAUUGCCAAACAGGCGAUUUAUUCCAAAAGACAAAGUUUUCAUCGAGAAAGCUUGGGAUAAGUUCUUUGAAUUCUUUGAUGAUGAAAACCAUACAGACGUAACAUUCUUGUGGACGAACAGUCAACAACGCAUUACAGCUCAUCGCCUCAUAUUGGCCGCAUCGAGUGCUUACUUUAAUGAACUCUUCCAAACGCCUCGGGGCAUCGUGCCAGCGAUCUAUAUUGAAAAUGUUGCACCACAGCCUUUUGAAUUACUUAUUGCAUAUUGCUACUCGGGCAAGCUUUAUCCCACAAAGCAUAAUGUGUGCGAACUUUUGAAUGCAGCAACAACUUUGAAACUUUGCGGUGCUGCUGCUAUUUGUACAACUUACUUAAAGGGCAGCACGGAAGACCCACAAAUGAGCGUUACGCCAGUGAACCCUUCAACAAGUGGAUCCAUGAAUGCAAAUCCAGGUGCCCCAGUAAUCACAACCAGCCAGGCUCCAAGUAGC